AUGCAUUUAAUGUUUAUAUUUUUAACAAUAUUUUUUCAUUAUGUGGCAUGUCUCGAUUACGAUGGGUGGAUGAAUAUCAAAGUGGAUCAUUCUCUAAACUGCGCUAGUGAAAAAUAUUGUAAAAGAGGUACUAUAACCCUUAAAAGUAUAAGGGCUGGCACGGCAAUUAUUGAUCAAAUACCAUUUAAUAGAAAGCACAUUAAAGAGUUACAGGAGCUUGCUGAACUCGAUGGCUUCUACACAAUUAGAACAUUGGUUUCAACAGCAGAAGGAAAGGAAAUUGAAUUCUUAUCAUCUGUAAAAGCAAAAGGCUUGUUAGAAAAUGGAUUGUCUGAUAUUAUAAGUGCCUGGGUGCUGCCUAGUGGUGAAGUUAUAGCAGUUACAUUCCAAGUUAUGAAUUCUACUCAAACAAAUGCAUUGAAUCUAGAUUCUGAAUAUCCAAUAAAUUCAGAUUUCUAUCUUCGGCAUGUUGAUCAAGCACCUGUUCCAGAUACUGCAUCAUAUAUUCAAAAAUUAGAAAGAGAAAGAGAAGCAAGGGAGAAAGGGGAACUUAAGGACAAUAGAUCAUUUUUAGCUAAAUAUUGGAUGUAUAUAGUUCCAAUUGCAGUAUUUGUAAUGAUAUCUGGUGCUGGGAAUCCUGAAGGUGCUGCUCAACCCUCACGUUAA